AUGGAGCAACUUGUCAUCGUCGCAGUAUACGAAUACAUAACGCGUCAUUUCUACACGAACUGCGCUGAUGACGUUGCAUGGAAUUUGGUGAUAGUGAAUGAACAGUGCGGUGAGAAACGACCGAUUCCGUUUCUUGCGUACGUUCUCGCUGAUCAAGAUAAAAAAAGCUCGAUUCCUUCGUAUGCAAAAUUCCCUACGAAUUUUUACUUUGUAAAAUUUGUUACGGAACACUGGGCUGAUCUGAUCCGCGCUUUACGUGUCGGCAGCAAUUUAUCGUCGCUCUAG